CUUCCCUCUCAACGGUUUUAGUUUCUAAUGGAGAUGAGUGCUGCAGAACCUGCAGACGCUUUUGUGAGCAUGCUCAGUACCACAGACAGCCUGCAUGAGGUCAAGAUGGGUAAAAAGCUCCAAGGAAAAUGUAUCAGAAUCAUCUCCCCCGUGUCUCCUGCUGGGCUUUACUGCUGCUAUGCAGUGAUCAUCGUCCUCACUACAGCUGUGAUUGCACUUUCUGUGGCUCUGUCAUUGUCAGUAAGAAAGUCAGAAUAUGUCUCAAUCAAAAAUACUCAUGGUUCUUGCCCAAGAAACUGGAUUGGAUUUGGGAGUAAAUGUUUUUAUUUUUCGGAAGACAUGAGUAACUGGACAUUCAGUCAGAACUUCUGCAUGGAAUUAAAGGCACAGCUAGCUCGAUUUGACAACAUGGAGGAGCUGAACUUCCUGAGGAGAUACAAAGGGACCUUUGACUACUGGAUCAGCCUGCACAGAGAGUCACCAGAGCACCCUUGGAGGUGGAUGGACAACACAGAAUAUAACAGCUCGGUUCCCAUCCGAGGAGUGGAAGACUAUGCCUACCUGAACAACAACGGGAUCAGCAGUGCCAGGAUCUACGCAGACAGGAGAUGGAUCUGUAGCAAGCCCAACAGCUAUAUCCUCGAAUGCCAAAUUCCUUUUGCUUCUUCCUAAUCUUUGUCAAAAGAUGUUUUGUACCCUGAUAUCAACAGAUGCUGCUCUUUUUCCCAUCUUCCAACAUUGUUAUAAAAAAAAAAAAAACCCUGAAUAUUUGCUGGCAUCACAAAUGAAAAUCAUCUUGGAGAAUGGCACAUACAGGGGUUUAGAACAACACUGAUGCAUCUAAAAUGGGUGUUGACACUCAUGCCUUAAGCCUCAGUACAAUCAGUGUUAGUGAACCCCACUUUUAUGAUAUAAGGAUUUUUGUGCAGACUGUCAUACUUAUGAGAAUAUGGGACCACCAAAAUGAGUUCUCCAAAGUGCACUUGCCCUUGGACUUUAAUAAUGAAAAGCAUCAGGUGGCAGUGGUGACAUGACCCUUUAAUCCCAGGGUCUUGUGAAUUUUUUGUUUG